AUGCUCAGCCUCUUCAGGCUAUAUGCUGUAUUAAUUAUCUGGCUCUCAGCAAUGAAUAUGAACGGCUGCUAUCCAAUUGUCACAUCUAUGGUGCGUAAGAACAUUUCCGUGGUUAAAGAUGUGCUGCCCAGGAAAUCUGAUUGCCUCUUCCUGCUGCUUCUGAAUGGCUGCUUGGCCAAGAUGGAUGGAUCUGAAGAACCAGCUUUGUUCAGUUCCUUUCUGGAGAAUUCUGAUAUUAAAAGAUCUUUUCGAAACGGAGUUGGAUCAGGAAUUAAAAAAAUAUCCUUUCGAAGAGCCAAGUCAUAA